AUGGCGCUACAUAUUCCAGUUGCACUGCCAACUUACCACCACAUCUAUGUAAGCGUUCAGUACGAGGAUAACAGUACCUCUAUGGGUAAUGAAUUACCCAAGUACAGUGUGCUUGUUUGUUUGGUAAACAUGAGGGGGGAGUUUAGUCGUUCAAUAGGAGGCGAAUUGAUUACUGAUGGGGUUGAGAUUGGCCCAAAAGUUUGGAUUUAUUUCGAACGCAUUCUUCGAAAUGAUGUGCCAUCUUAUGUUAAUGAAUGGCUCAAAAAAUCAGACGUUCAAUUGGAUGCAAGGACAGAGGUAGAAAACUGCAUUAACAACUUUUUUAGGCAAAGUUGGACCAAGUGUCGCUUUUCCAUGCAUUGUUGGGUAAAAUACGAUAUAUGCAAGAUCAUGCAUGACACUAAGUCAACGGCGUCAGAAAGUGAAAGGAGCGAAACAUGUGUGGUUUGUUUGGAGAAAUUUAAUGUUGGAGUCGAGAUUAAUAAGAUGUUGCAUUGCAACCAUGUCUUUCACCAUCGUUGUAUUAUCAAUUGGAUGACUAGAAGCAGUUCUUGUCCUUUGUGUCGUAAACCAGUGAUUUCAUAUUUGUAUUAG